AAUUUUCGAGGGGUUAACUCACCCGUCUCAUUCUGUGUAGAUGAGGCUAACCUGAAGGCCCUGCAGCUGGAGGCUGUUGAAGACAAGGCUCCCAUCCAGACUAAGGACGCUGUGCUGGCCACUCUGAGGGAACUGAGCACCCUUUCCCAGACCCAUCAGGGGAAGCAACGUGCCAGCCUCUUCCUGAAGCUGGUGACUCAGAUCCGAGGUCUGAAGAUCGAGGCCCUGGGCCCAGCUGUCCCAGAGAUGGUUGAGGUUUCCGGGCCCCUGACUUGGCAGGCUCUGGCCCAGUGUGGGACCCCUGAGUGCAGCAGUGCCAUCCUGCAGGUGCUGAGCACCAUGGACAAAACUGCUGUUGAGGUUGAUGCUGCCGUCUACGCUAUGGGGCUCCUGCCCAACCCCAGCAACCACCUCAUCCAGGAUGUGUUGAGCUUGGCACAGCACAAGCCGAGCAAGCCCAUAUUGUAUGCCCUAAGCAACAUUGUGAGAAGGGUAUACCAGGCUGAGGGCAAGGUCACUCCUGAGAUCAUCUCAGUAUCUGAGCACAUGGCUUCCCUGUUGGGCGAUUGCUCUGGUGACAAGGACCUGACUUUCCUGGCCCUUAGGGUGAUUGGCAAUAUGGGAACAGCUAUGGAAGCUGCCAACCCUGCUUUGAAGUCUGCCUUGCUCCAGUGUAUGACACAGCCCGCUGCCACCCCACCUGUCCAGCAGGCUGCCAUCCAAGCUUUCAGAAAGCUGACCGUGACUGAGGAGGCUCGUGGCGUUCUCCUGCAGACUGUGCUGGAUGGCGCAAGCCCCAUUCAGAAGCGUGUGGCUGCCUACCUGGUGCUGAUGAAGAACCCUGAGACUGCUGACCUGGCUCAAGUGAUCAGUGCUCUGCCAAAUGAGCAGGACCCACAAACUAAGAGCUUUGUGGCCUCCCACAUUGCCAACAUCCUGAGUUCCACAGAUCCUGCCUCCCUUGCGAUAAAACAGAAGAUCACUGAGGCCUUGCAGGGCAAUGACAUCCCUGCGCCUAUGGACUUCACCAAGUUCUCCCGACACUACAAAAUGAGUAACAACCUGCAAGGAAAUGUUAUCUUUGACUCCACCAGCUAUAUGCCCAAAGAGGUCAUGCUGGAGACUACCCUUAAAGCUUUUGGAUACGAUCUCGAUGUGUUGGAGAUUGGACUGGAUGGGAAAGGAUUAGAACCAACUGUUGAGGCCCUGUUUGGACCAGAUGGAUUCUUCCCUGACACCUUGACAAAGGCUUUGUACUGGGCCGGAGACAAGAUGCCGCCUGCAGUCAACACAAUUCUGAAGAACUGGUUGGAACCAUCAAAUGAGAGAUUGAAGAGACAGGCAUGUCACACAUAGCUUAUUCUUACUGUCAAAGAUAAAGACUUUUCAUUAUGUUCUGCAUUGCAU